AUGGUUUUCGAAUCAGAUCUUCCCGAGACAGAUGUGGAGCGCUACUCUAGACAGAUAAUCGUUCCAGGAAUACACGUUCGCGGCCAAAAGAGCCUCGGAGACUCGGGCAUACUGGUGGUUGGAUGUGGAGGCCUGGGGUCUCCAGCGAUCAUGUAUUUAUCGUCGUGUGGGGCCAGGAGAAUCGGGCUGGUCGACUUCGAUAAGGUCGAGAUCCACAACCUGCAGAGACAAGUAAUAUACACAGAAGCAGACGUGUCCCAGCACAAGGUCGUGGCUGCAUUGUCUUUUGUCAGGAGAGCAAACUCCUCUGUCGAGGUGGAAGGAUAUAACGAGUUUCUCAGCAGGGAGAAUGUGGAGAGGAUCAUCAAUCCAUAUGAUGUUGUUCUGGACUGUACGGACAAUAUCCACACAAGAUAUCUCCUAAGCGACUACUGCAAGGCUCUUGGGAAGAGUCUUAUAUGCGGAUCCGUCCUCAGGUGGGAGGGGCAGCUAUAUAAGCUUACUCCCAACGGACCAUGCUAUAGAUGUCUGUUUCCAAACAUCAAGACAGAAACCAUGACGUGCGAAGAUGCAGGCGUCGUGGGGCCCAUCUGCGGAGUCAUCGGAUCCUUGCAGGCCUUGGAGGCGAUCAAGACGAUCACAGGAGACGUAGAGCCCAAAAUGACGAUCUACAACGGAAUGACAUCGGACCUUAUGGACUUCAAGCUCAGAACCCCGAAGCACGGCUGCAGCGUUUGCUCAAAGAAGUGCGUUCCCGAGAGCUCUUCCUUUUUCAUGCCCCCAUGCACCUCUGCCACGGACUUGGAAGACCUGGACGUGGAUACAGUCGAAUGGGAAGACAUUCUGGACAACCUUGAGUCCUACUUUCUUAUAGAUAUCAGAUCCCCAAUCCAGUACGAGAUGUUCAGGGUAAAGGGCUCUGUCAACAUCCCGCUCAUAGACUUACCGGGCAAGACCGGAGACAUUGAUGCAUCAGGAAAGAGGAUAGGAGUUAUCUGCAGAAGGGGAAUAUCGUCCAAGGAGGGGGCUUGGAUCCUCAAGAGGAGCGGGAUCCAUGCCUUUUCGGUAAACGGGGGGAUUAAUGGCCUUAAGAAUCAGCUGAGGAAGGCACGACAAGCAGAAUCCGCCUCGGGAUAA